CCCUCCCCUUUCUUCUCUUUGCUUCCUCAUCCCCUCUCCACUCUCUCUUUGUGGCAACAUACAUACAGCGAUAUCGUUUAUAACUACUUGCUCUUCAACUUGACAUAUCCUUUCAAAAACGUCAUUACUCUUUGCUAUCAUUAACAUCAACUAAUCCUUAACGAAUUAAUUUCAAACACAUUACACACUAUCACACUAUACCACCAUGGACUACCAUCAAUACGACGAUGUAUGCUCACAAUUACUACACCUUAACCAUGCAAGUCGUUAUUACUCCAAGGGCUACCAAAGGAGCAAAGCAGUUGCUUGCUGCCAACUUCAUGGCUACACACCUCUUGACAAUUCAACCUCUCAUGAUCACCUCUCUAGCUAUCAUGAAUACAGCUAUCAUCCAUCCCCACUAGCAAACACCGUGCCUAAUUAUACAUCAACACCUUUAUCUAUAUCUGAAACGUCUGUUGUGAAUGUCGAACAGAGCCAUGAUCAUCAAUUGAUCAAUACUUAUGAAUGGCUUCCAUUCCCACAAGACCAGUACAAUCUUGAUAGACCUUAUGAAUCUCAGAAUAUCUCUCAUGAUUUGGGCACAGCGACCAUGACGACAGCAGCAACUACACUGGACUCUUUUGGUCCUCCUCCGUAUGGAGCAUCCGCCCUGUUGGAGAAUGGGCCACUUCAAGCACGGAGAACGAAGUCGCCACUAACCCUCUCAUAUCUGGCUGAUGGAUCUCAAGGCACAGAACCCCGUGCCCAACUCUAUACCACUACCUUUACUGAAGGUGCUGCUAUAACAUCCGGCCAGGACGUAGCGACAUUAUCGACGCCAUCACUGAACCUAGAUCCGCGAAGUCUUACUCGCCGUAUGAAUGAAAGGUCUCUUUCGAUAUCUUCCUCCGCAUCCGCGUCAUCCGCUAUUUCUAUAUCCACUUCAACCUCUUCAUGGUCCUCGUGGUCUUCAGCACCAUCCGAAAUGGAUCUAGACGCGGCAGUAAGAUGGGAUAGCGGCCUCCAAAAUCGACAAGCAGGAGAAUGUUCAACGAUUCGCAAAAAUAAGAAGCUGCCUCCACCAACACUGUCCCCGGCUCUCGUUGUCCCCACUAUAACUGCUGUGUCAUCACAACAACAACAACAACAACAACAGGUGCAGCUGCAACAUCAAAAACAACAGCAGAAAGCAGAAAGCUGUUGGUCUAUUGCAGACGAUAAUUGUAGCAACAUUAGUGCCUACAGCGGCAGUGAAAGUGAUUACGAUGAUGCCCUUUCAGAUACAUGGCUUCACUGCCACAGCGACGACCUAUUAACGACACCUUACCAUUGUAAGCACUUGGCAUUGUCAGCCUCCAUCUGGGGCCCAGGUUGGUAUCAAGUGGAGCCCUUACCGCCUUCACUCAUCAAAGCAAUGCAACAAUACGAACAGGAAUUACAGGCACAAGCGCUUGAGAAGGCCACUGCUGCUCAGCCAGCCACAAACUUAAGGGCAAAAUCCAAAAAGGCGAAAAAGCAAGCAAGAGCUGCUGCUGCUGCUGCUGCUGCUACUGCUACUGAAAUCACCGCCACCAGUUCCAUCACAGGACAAGCAGCAAACUCUGAGAUAAAGGACACAUCUUUUGCUUCAAGAGCUACAAACCCAAAGGUCUCAUCCACAUUGUGUUCGGCUCGUUUACCGCGUAGUCUUCAGUUUAUUGACUAGAAAUCAUCUUGAAAAUAAACAUCGAUUUUUUUAUUUU